ACAAACAACCAGAUCGUCGAAUUUCUUCGUCGAAAUUUUCCUAAUUGAAAGCUAUCGUCAUUCAAUGAUUUAUCUAUUAUUAAUGACCGUAAAUUGGAAAGUUAUCCAUAACAACAAACUGUCACAGACGAGCCGUCGGUUUUGCAAGUGAUCGUGAAGUGUUUUCUAUUUUAGUCCUUGCCUCUUGAUCUUCAUUUUCCCCCAAUCUUCAUGAAGCCUGUGCUCCUUGUGGAACUGGAACUUACUUUUCAAGGAUUUUACAGUUUUUUGUCAUAAGUCUAUCGCGACUGAGUAUCCCGUUCUAUUAUGAAAAACCGGAUUUUAAACGCGUCAUUUCAGAUGGAAAGCCAUUGAACGAACUGCAAGUAGUCAAAGUGUUCUGCUGCUGUGUGAAAUAAAUUUUUCUCUCCUGUGGCUUUAACCUAUUAUCAUUCACCAUACUUUCAUUCUGUUUCAUGUACACAUGCAUUUGGUCUCUUUCUUUCCAUAUUAUUAAGUGUUACUGAUCUUCUUUUUAAGAACAAUGCCGAGUGUAUUUGUUAGUGGGCUCCCGCGUCCCAGUCUAAAAUUGUAUUCAAUUUUUAGUGCUGCGCUUCUGUCUUGUUCCGUGUUCUAUGCUGUUCAAACAGCAAACAACAACCAAGGAUUAAAAAACAACUCCUCUCAGGGAAGCAUGUUUAGUUCUUUGUCAAAUUCAUCUGAUACCCUUGUGCAUCAGCUGAAAUUAAGUUCAUCAUCAGGAUUCUUGGCCUGGGCAUUGAACGUGAUCACAUUUAUCUUGCAAGAUCCUCUCAGUAUAUGGGCUGUGAUCAAUGCUGCAGUUUGUGGGCUGAUAUUAACUGCAAAAACUGUCCAAGUUCUAGUGUUUGGAGAACUUCGAGUGGUGGAGAUGCAACACCUGAAAGACAAGUUUUGGAACUACCUGUUUUACAAGUUUAUCUUCGUAUUCGGUGUAAUAAAUGUUCAAAACAUGGAUGAAGUGAUACUAUGGUACACUUGGUUUGUCAUUUUGGGUUUUCUUCAGCUGCUAGCUCUAGUAUGCAAAGAUCGGUUUGAAUAUUACUUGUUUUCAACCACUCCAACCUCUUGGAAUCACAUAAGGCUACUAUGCUUGUUGGGUGCAAUCUUAGUUCUCUCUGGCGUCCUAUUGAUUGCUGCAAUUGGAGUAGGAUUUUUUGGUGGCUUCAACACUUUUGCAUUCAUGGCUGCUGAGUGUCUUUUGUUGGCUCUGAGUGUUCAACAUACACUCUUGCGCUAUUUGUUGCAUCUUUAUAACUCCCGCGGAAACAACUCCUGGUCGCGAGGCCAUCUGCCGUACUACGCUGAGCUCAUCUGUGACCUGACAAUUCUCAUCCUAGAGCUUCUCCAUCACCUGCACAUGCUUGUCUGGAGCAAUAUCUUCCUGUCGAUGGCGUCUCUUGUCAUCGGCCUUCAUAUCAAGUUCCUAUUCUACCAGAUCCAAAGGCGAAUUAAGAAACAUCGCAACUAUUGGUGGGUCAUCACACACAUGGAGAAGAGUUAUCCUGAAGCAACAAUUGAGGAGUUGGCUGAAAAUUCUGACAACUGUGCUAUUUGCUGGGAGAAAAUGGAAUCGGCCAGAAAAUUACCAUGCUCGCACCUUUUCCACAACACCUGUCUUCAAUCUUGGUUGGAGCAAGACACAUCAUGUCCAACAUGUCGCAUGUACCUUGGAAUCCGUCCUCCCCCAGGCAUGUCAUCGGUGGUUCUCUCCAGAGACGCUUUGAAUACUCCAAGGAGAAGUCGUAGUCCUUACCAUUACUUCCAUUUUGACGGCUCUCGAUACGGUUCAUGGUUGCCAAGUUUCUCAGUAGAAGUUACUCAUCCACCCCAGUUACUGCGGUUGGACUCAAUGCAAUCAGAUUCAUCUUCUCAGAUUGACUCAAUGGCAAGACAGGUGCAACAGUUAUUUCCAGACUAUCCGUUAUCUACUCUCAGAGAUGAUCUUCAUGUGACGAGAUCUGUUGAACUGACAGUUGAAAACAUUCUAGAUGGGCGAAUUCCUCCACCCUCCCCCUCUUUUGAAGAGGAAAAUGGUACGCCUGGAGAGGCUCCAUCAUCGUCAUCAUCAUGGCAGCCUUUCUCUCCAUCAUUUACGCCGACAAGCUCGGAUGUGAGUAUAGAACCAAGUGAACCGCUCACAACAGGGAGCCGUUUCUCAAAAUCUCCCAGUGAAAGGGAAUUAAUCUUACAAUUACGCAAGGAAAAGCUGCUGCUGGCAGCGAGGAAAAAGUAUUUAGAUCGCCAAGCAGCCACAUCUCCAAGCGGGGAGUCAAGUACAUCAACCGAUCAGUCCCAUUCCAAAGUCGACUAGGCCAGAUCAUAGCUGGAGUUUUUUAGUGUCCGUUUUAAACACUCCAAAUCGCCUCGACUAAACUAUUUUUAUUGAUACAAAAUCGGGACUAUCAAACAGGAUGAGGUGUGAAUUAGUGUAAAUUUUAAGGAGGGCAAUUUUUGGAAUUUUAAUUUCGUUUCUCUACAAGAUGUACAAUUUGCGCUGUUGAUUUUUUCUUGUGAGGAUUGAACUACUUUGAUAAAGCUAGUUUUUUCUCUCUUUUUUUACGAAAAAAAUGGCUUUCCUUAGUUCAUGCAGCAAAAAAUUCUGGAGGGAAACUGUUUUCCUAAAAUUGGACUUGCAUCCAACUUGCAUCUAACUUGUUUGCAUCCGAAAAAACGUACCUACUUUGGAAAGGUAUGUUUCUGAAGCAAUACCUCUUCAGUUGCUGCUUUAAAUAAUUUUUUGUCCAUUUUUCAAAAUAUCUAGUUAAUUAUUUAGAGUAGAUUAUAAAAAUUAUUGAACUUUCUGAUUUUUUUUUUUUUAUUUUCCCCCCAAUUAAGAAACUUUAUCUUUGUUGUCCUCUCAAUGUUCAAGUAAAAUGGUCCUAUUUAGUCCAGGGAAUUUUGCGUCUUUUCCUGUUUGCUAGUCCCACCAAGAGUGGCGUCGAGGAUAUUUUAUCAUUAACUAUUUUACUCUAAUCCUGGUCAAGUUAUCUGUGAUGGAAAGUGCUGUUUCAUUUUAAUUGUCUCUUUCUGUUUUAUUUUGUUUUUAAUUUUAUUAUUAUUCCGAAAAGGAAUAAAGGCAGCUUUUCUGUCUCUGUUCUUCCAAUUCAGUCUACCAAUUGUCCGUUUUUCCAGUCACUAAACAGCGAAGUUUGUGAAGUUGGCACUUGCUCAGAGUUUUUAUUACACCUAUUUUUUCUAUCUUCUUUUCGAAUGUAGACACUCAACUGUAAAUUUGAACCUAUUUAGAAGAGUUUUAUACAUUAACGGCAAAAGAAUUACUUAAGUGAAUUUAUCGUAUCACAGCUGAAUUAUUUUUUUGACAGUUUGACUCGGUUUUUUUUUUUUUUCAACUAAUAUCGACUGCUUGUAGAUAUUUUGCAAGUAACUUUUUCUUUUAUUCAAAUGCUCUUACAUCUUGUCCAUAGGUGUUGUCAGAUCAUUGUCAGGAAGUAUAUAAAGUUCCCUAUUUCACAUUCUGCUUUUUAUCAUAAAAAUAAAAAAUUUCCCUUUUUUAUUUUGAGCAAUACAAUUUGUUCAAGUUGUUGAAGAGUGUGCUCAAAAUUUUGGUCCUCAUGCAUUAAAAUGAUUAAAUUCAGUAAUGUUCAUUUUUGUCUUGUUUAAAAAAGCAUACAUAAUGUUUUAAACUUUAUCAGCAUUGGCUGGAGUCCAAAACUUUGGCAUUAUUUCAGCUUGGUACGAUGAAUUCCUCAAGUAGUGCCACCCCCUUUUUCUUAAUCACCAUCAUGUAAUAAAUUAAAUAGGUAAUCAUAUUAAAUUUUAGGAAUUAUCUCUUGAUUCUUCAAUCGAAAGCUAUUCCUCUGCAGUACCAGUCCAAGGUCUAACAGUCGGCUGAUUUACAUAUUUCUGUUUUGUUUGAUAGCAUCUCUUCUUUUGUUGUAAUUUUUUAAUUAUUUGAUUUUUAAUGUCUUGUGCAAUCCUGAUUCUAUUGUAUAUAAGUCCCCUAUCACUUUCUUUCUACCUUAUGUUAAUGUACGCAUGACUGUCUCUUAAGAACCAAGUAAUUUUAACCAUGUACGUGGGGAGUUUAAGUUUUUUAUCUUUAAAGUUAAGCCAAGUAAUUUUCUCUCUAUUGCGAUGUUCUUGUCUUGUAUGACAUAGAGGAGGAGUGCUCGUGAAAUUACUUUAGUGUGUAACUUGGUCAGAAAGGAAUGUUAAAUUUGUGUUUUGUGUCUUUAAGGAGGUUAAAAACAAACAUCAAACAUUGUGAAAUACUAAUUUUUUCCCGGCAAAAUUCCCAGUCAAAGUGAGUUCACAAGAGAGAUAACUGAAACCCCUCUCGCUGCACCAUCAUUUGCCGCAGCUUAAGUAAAAAUACGGUUAAGAAUCCUUCUCCUCGAAAAAUUACGGAUAUUUAUCAUGGUGCAUUUACUGCGGGAAAAACAUAAGUCUGAAUUUUCUUUGCCCUGAUACUGCAAACAAGACCUCUCUCCCAUUGUAAGGAAUGCAUAAUGGAGCUCUUACAUGCCUCCGGGAUUUGCGAUUCAAGUACUUUGCCUUUUUUAAAAUUUCGCGAGGAACGCAAUGAUGCCACUGAUUUUCUCUGAAAUGAAAAGUGCAAAAAAAGCUCUCGAAGUUGAGGUCGCAUCGGAGGAGACACCCCUUACACCCAAUGCUGGGAGUUCACCUCUAUAUCCAGUCAAACUUUCUAUGCACAGAUAGGGAACAAAUACAUUAGCAAGGUUGCCACUUUAUUUUGGGACUCUAAGGCUGACCUCUGAACAACGGCAACCCGCCAAUGUCUUUGUCCUCUAUCUGUGCAUUGAGAGUUUAACUAGAUUUUAAGGUGGACUUCCAUCAUAGCAGGGGGGUCCCCUUAUUGUGACCUCAACUUUGAGAGUUUUUUUUGUACUUGAAAGUCCGUCUCAGAGAAAAUCAGUAGCACCAUUGUGUCCUUCGCAAAAUUUUUAUCACGGGAGAGUACUUGAAUGGUAAAUCCUGGAGGCAUACCAGAGCAGAGCUCCAUUCAUUCCUACAAUUCUGCAUAGUUCAGUGAAAAAUAUCAGUUAAAAUUCAGCAAGACCUCAGAACAAAUUCAGAGAGCACACUUAAUUUUCUAAAGUUGCAUAUUGACGAUGAAACUGCAAAAAUGUGUAUCUUGGUCGUGGUGUUUCAAAAUCUCCGCUUCUAUUGUAUCUUGAAAAAGGAGAUUGAACAAACAUCAUGGCUCGACUUUUUACGAAAAUUUUUUACACAGAGAAGAAAAAUAACAAACGUUUUCAAGAAAUGUUGUUUAGUAGUUUCCGAUGUAGAAAAGAAAGUAUGUCAAGAAGUCUGCUACACCCUGAACUGAGACACGCAUUGCUGCAAUUUCAUUAGUGACAUGUCUCUGAUACUUUAGAUUCGACAUAUAUAGUGUCAACAAUCCUGUUUUCUCUUUCAAAGUUUAAAGCUUUAUGAAAGAAACUCCAAAGGAGUUAUUUUGUCAUUAUCCCGGGAAAGCAGCCAUUUCUUAUUGAAGCUUCUUUUAGGUUUCUCAAGUCAAACAAACACACAUGUUUUUAAUUUUAAUUUUUUCAUGUAUUUUUUUUUCUUUCUUUCUUGAACGCAGUGUUUUAAGUGGAUGGGUCAUUAGAACUGGUUAAGGUUUGCAACUCCGUAAGAAUAUUUUCUCAUUGAUAUACGUUUGCUGUUUUAUACACAAACUCUCAGACAUUUUUACACAUUAGUUCCUGCAGCAAAUCACUCAAACAAAUUCGCAGAUUAUGAAGUCUUGUAGAGAAUUAAAGGGCAUUGUGUUGACUGUCAAAUUUUGAUUUUAAAAAAAAGUAAAGCAAGCAAAAAAUCGUAGAGUUGAGGAAGUUUAGAUAGUGUAUGCCAAAAAACUGCCGUUAUCGAUUCUCCUCCUUAAUGUGAAAUAUAUGUCAAAAAAGAAUUACAAAAAAAAAAUUGGCAAUUUCAUUUUGUUAGAUUAUAAAAAUCACUCUUUUUGAUGCCAAACAUAAAAUAUUUGACAUAAAAACUAAGACAUCACGUAAAAAUUUUUAUUAAUAUUUACGGACAUUAACUAACGAAAAACUUGUAUGAGUAAAGUUGACAUUUUUAUGUUAGAAAAGUAUGGUCCACACCAAUUUUUACGCUCAUUCAGAGUGGAAUGGAAAAUCAGUUGCUCCAUAUUAGAGUUGGAUGUAAAUGCAAGAAUCAUUAUGGCGGAUCUUCUGCGCACUCUGUAAGUGUGCAAACUUAGGUAUUUGGCAAGAAUUUUAACCCAAAACAUUUCCUGACUUGGAUAUUUUAACGGCAUUUUUUUUAAAGAAUUUCCUGUUUGAAUUGCACAAGUUAUUUAACUUUUUUUUAAAAGUCAGUGCUACGAUGAUGUAUCAGGUAGCUUAUAGCUUACUUUUGUAUCGAUUUUGCCUCAUUCGUGGGCCAAAAUAUUCAAAAUUAAGUCUGUUUGUGUAAUUUGUUGUAGCAAUUAGAGGUGUGUUGUUGAGCUUACCUGAAACCAAGCAGUGCCUCUAUUUACUAAAUGCAAUUCAGCACGCCUAAUUUCCUCUGAAGAUUGUCAACCGUUUGGUUAAUUAGACAGGUAUUAAUGCGUAAAUUUUUAAGUCAUCGGAAAAUUCUAAUGAAGUCAAAUGAUGCAAACCAUUGAGCAUCUGACACCUUUGUUUCCGAACAGGUACUUAGGAUAAUGCACCUUAACCGUUUGAAAAUAUCUGAUGGAGGCAAGGUCUUACAUCAAUGGCCUGAGUGCAAAAUUAAGUAUCUCGUUAUCAUCAUUACAAUGUUUCAAAAUUUCUGCUCCUAUUAUAUAUUUUUAUUUAUAUAUUAUAUAUAUAAUUCAAUAAUUCCUUAUUAUAUAUUUCAAAGAGAAAAAACCCGACUGUUUAGCUUGAAAUUUAUACACAAUAUUCUGCUUACAGAGAAGAAAAAUCAAGGAAGUUUUCAAGGAAAUAUUCUGACUAGUUCUUUGAAGAAAAAAUAAAGUAUGACAGGAAGUUUGAACGUCGCAAGAAGAGGUACGUGGUUUCGCACUUUGGCCAUCGAUAUCUCUUUCAUUUUCAAGAAGAGAACUUUCCUCUUUCUAAGCAUAGUCUCACAGGUACCAUUAAUGAAAAAAGAAGUUCUUAAGAAAUUGUGCACUUCAAGUCCUAUGUUUUCAUGUAAUGAUUCAGUAGUUGAAAAUUGCAAGUCUCGCACACAAUCCUGAAAAACCUUUUUUCUCUAAUGCCCUACUUGAACCUGCAAAAAAAAGUAAGGGCAUUCAUAUGCGCCACGGAAACUCUUACAGGAAGUAUCUUUGAAGGAGAAUUCAAUCAUUGUCUGAACUUUUCUCUCUUAUUCGUGAUAAAAAGGAUUUGGAAGAAACUUGAAGGCAUAAGUCGCAUUUUAGGUUUCAGUCUGUAUGGUGGCAACAAAUAUUCAAAUUUUGUCUACUUUCAUUGUAUGUAGUUUAGUCUUGUUGAGAUUCACGCUUUAUUAUUAUCGCUUGUGAUACUUGCUUUGGGAAGAGGACGGAAUGUCGUCACAACAUGGAAUGUUGCGCCGUUUUUCGAGUAUUUAAAAUGAAUGAAGGACUCUAUUUUUGUACCAAGUUAAUGCAGUAGCUUUUUUUAUUUUAUUUUUUUUUAAUUGUCCCUUACCGUGAAGCAUGUAGUCUUUUUUAUGUCCUUGUGUGAAUGUUUCCCAUCGCUAUGACUUCUGAGCUAAUGGGCUCUCUUUAAGUGGAGGAGAGACCAUCACUAUGUUGUCAGAAUAAACUAUUUGUUCUAAUUAAG